AUGGACUAUCAAUACAAGUCCAUCAACAGGGGCGAACACUCUAUCUUCGGUCAAAUCAGGAAACAAGGUGUAGAGCCCGAGAACCACGUCUUCGUCUUCAACCUCCGCUCAUAUGAUCGACUCAACAAGACCCCAGCGAUGAAGAAAAUGGAAGACGAAUCUGGUGUCACUUACCAAGAAGUACAACGUGCUCAGGCUGAAGAGAUUAUGUCUUCAGGUGUGCAUGGUGGCGCUGAGUCGUCCUCCUCAGACGAAGGUGAAUCUGAGGAUGAUGAGAAAGAGCACUACUCGAGCCGCAAGAAGAAGUUCGAGGCCCGUAGAGCGGCAGCUGGACUCAGAAACGAUCAGGUCAUCAGUGAAGACAGUGUGGCCAAGAACGCUAUGUUGGGCGAGAAGAAGGUCAGCGAAGAGAAGUGGGACGAGAAUGAUCUGGAACAGGAAAAGGCAAACUGGGUACAGGAAGAGCUCUACGUUCACGGAAAACUGGGCUACCACGACUCGGAACUCACGAUCAUUAUGGAGGACACCGAAUCGCUUCCCUCGAUGAUGGACGGCCGCGAGUACCAAGCCGGUCACCACGCCGCAACCCUUCGUCGCAUGCUGUGGCGCGAGCACCUGGGCUUGUUGCCCGCCCAGCCUCUCGACGCAAGCGAAGACCCCAAUGCCCAACCUCCGGAUGUCUGUCCUAACCACUGGCACGAGGGAGACGAGUGGGAUAAACUUGUGACGGACCCCUUGUGCGACGAUGUUUGGAAUUUGUGGACCCAGCAAGCCACCACUAACACGGAAGUGUUCCGUCACCUGUUCCACGCAGAUCCUGAUGAUAACAUCCGCACAUUCGAGGACUACCAAAACUUCCUCCCGAGAAAUGACAUGAAACAAGGUCAUUUGUACAACAAGUACAUGCCCGACGAAGAAGUAAAACGUGCCCUCGACAAGAUCAGAGGACAUCUCGUUUGGAUGCCGCUGCACUUCCUCGAGAAUGCAGAAAUGGCCGAAAAGGGACUUGCGGUCAACUACUACACCGAGAGUAUCUACACUUAG